AUGUAAUGUACUGUAUGCGAGUGACUGUUUUUUGUUGGGUUUAGCCUUCAGCUAGUUAGCUUAGCUUAGCAUCGAUAUAGGCAACCCACUGAACUCUAUAAGUGGAAUGGCGCCGACCGCUUGCUGCGCGUUGGAGGCUUGAAGCCACCGGAAGUAUAGGAGUCGCCAUGUUGUUUCACCCAAAACAAGAAAGCCCAACAACUAAGAGAAGUUGGAGGUGCCGUCUUGUGCUGCUAUUAAUAGCACAAAUCGUGAUACUCGUGGCAAUCACAAGAAGGGACUUACAUUUCACAGAUUUCCACACUGCAAUGCUCAACUUCUAAAGCAAUGGGUAGUAAAUAUGCGGAGAGACAGGUGGAUUCCUGCAGCCGGAUCGCAACUCUGUUCAAGUCAUUUCACCGAGGAGAACUUGGACAGGACCGGCCAGACUGUUAGAUUAGGACAAAAUGCAGUUCCAACAAUAUUUGACUUUCCUGAUCAUCUUCUAAAGAUGCACCCUUUGGGAUUAUGCAACAGCAACGACGAGGAGGACCUGUACGAGUACGGCUGGGUGGGGGUGGUCAAGCUGGAGCAGCCCGAGCUGGACCCCACCUGCCUGAGCGUGCUGGGGAAGGCCAAGAGAGCCGUGCAGCGAGGAGCCACCGCCGUCAUCUUUGACGUGUCGGAAAACCCGGACGCCAUCGACCAGCUCAACCAGGCGGCCGAGGACCCCCUGAAGCGGCCGGUGGUCUACGUGAAAGGAAACGACGCCGUCAAGUUGAUGAACAUCGUCAACAAGCAGAAAGUGGCUCGUGCCAGGAUCCAACACCGCCCCCCCAGGCAGCCCACGGAGUACUUCGACAUGGGCAUCUUCCUGGCCUUCUUCGUGGUCGUGUCGCUGGUUUGCCUCGUUCUGCUCAUCAAGAUCAAGCUGAAGCAGAGGAGGAGUCAGAGCUCCAUGAACAGGAUGGCGGUGCAGGCGCUGGAGAAGAUGGAGACGCACAAGUUCAAGGCCAAAGGGAAAGGCCAACGCGAGAGCGGCUGCGUGGCGGCCGACUCGCUGAGCAGCAGCUCCACGUCGGACUGCGCCAUCUGUCUGGAAAAGUACAUGGAUGGCGAGGAGUUGCGGGUCAUCCCCUGUGCUCACAGGUUCCACAAGAAAUGCGUGGACCCUUGGCUGCUCCAGCAUCACACCUGCCCCCACUGCAGACACAACAUCAUCGAGCAAAAGAAGGGAAAUCCCGGACCCUCAUGCAUGGACCCUGGUAACCCAGUCCACGGGCGUCAGCAAAGGGUGGUUCUGCCAGUCCACUAUCCAGGAAGAGUCCACCGUGCUGGCCAGGUGACCGCCUACCCGACGAGAACCAGCAUGGACCCCCACGGUAAUGCCGUCACAGUACUCACAGUGGACCAGCACCCGGAUCCUCAGGGUCUGUACCCGCCCCCGUCGACAUCUUCCUUCCUGCGGAGCUACCACCCCACCCUCCAUGUGGACCACUCCCUCAACCCCCACCACUGUGGACUAGAGCACCGGGGACCCCCCGCCUACCAAGCACAGCCGCACCACGCUGCUUUUAAACGUCCCAAGUUCCAUGGCCGCAACUUCUCGCGGGCAGCGUGCUUCUCGCAGUACGAGACAAUGUACCAGCACUACUACUUUCAGGGCUUGACUUUCCCCCAGCAGCCCGAGGGUGGCCCAGGACCCGCGGGUCUAGGCGGGGCUCACAAGGCCCACCACAGCAGGGCCUUCCAGCAGGGACUUUUGUACCCCACUGUGGUGCACAUGGCUCCGGCCUCCUCCUCGAGGAUAGGGGAUAGCGGCAGCAUGUCUGGCCUGAGCUGCUACCACGGCCAUCGCUCGGUGUGCAGCGGCUACCUCGGUGACUGCCCGGGCAGCGACAGCAGCAGCAGCAGCUCAGGCCAGUGCCACUGUUCCUCCAGCGACUCCAUGUUGGACUGCACUGAGGUCAGCAACCAGGGAGUGUACGGCAGCUGCUCCACCUUCCGCAGCUCACUGAGCAGUGACUAUGAUCCUUAUGUCUACCGGAGUAAGAGCCCUUGUAGGGGCUCCACAGGGGAGGUGGCGACUUCAACUUGCCCCUCAGUUCCUCCUGACGAAUCAUCAUCCCCCGGACCCUUGGGACAUGACUGCCUCCAGCUUCUUGCCGGGGCAUCGGCAUAUAACACGGGGGACCACCUCUCCAACUGCAGCUUAGAACCCAACUGCAGCAGUCGAUCGUCACUGGAACCCAGGGAGAACAGCAGCACUUGUGCUACCUCAGGCGCCGCUUCGGAGGCCGCCGGGACAGACCACCGGGCGAAGGCGGCCCACGAGGAAGCGGGGGAGCCGGGGGCUGCGGCCUGUAGCUGCUGCUUCGAGGUGCUUCCUCAGAACGCGGACUCGGACCAAGCGGGACGCUGUCACAGGGGGAUUGACUUUCAGAGCUCUGCCUCCAAGAACUACUUUACUUCGGAGCACUCGUGCCCCCCCUCAGAGCCCAUAAGCUAUGAUGGAUUACCUUGCUGUUUUUACAAAGAGAUGAAGGUCCACAGGGCUGCGAUGGGUCGCUACGCAGAAGACUACGCCGUGAAUGUGCAGUACACAGACUCAGAGGCCUGCUCGGGUCAGGUCUGCUGUGAACUCAACCAGAGAAUACCCAUAAUUCCCGAGGACACGGAUUGCGAAAUUGGCGAGGAGACGCAUCACAGCAGCAUGUUGCCCACCAGCGUCACGCUGGAGACAAAGCAGGCACCCGGAGAGGACUACUUCACCUCGGGACAGUUCAGAAGACAGACAGAGGAGACCAGGGCUUUGUUUCACCCUCAACUCUCUGCAUUUGGCACAAGUACAGAGGGUGGGGUGGGCAUGUAACAAUUAGCAUUUUGGUACCAUAGCACCAUCAACACCUCCAAGUCCGAGUCCAUGGUUCUCGUCCGGAAAAGGGUGGCGGGUCAUCUCCGGGUCGGGGAUGAGAUCCUGCCCCAAGUGGAGGAGUUUAUGUACCUUGGGGUCUUGUUACCGAGUGAGGGAAAGAUGGAACGUGAGAUGGACAGGCGGAUUGGUGCGGCGUCUGCAGUGAUGCGGACUCUGCAUCGGUCCUGUUUGGUGAAGAGGAAGCUGAGCCGAAAGACAAAGCUCUCAAUUUACUGGUCGAUCUUCGUUUCUACCCUCACCUACUGUAAGGUCAUGAGCUUUGGGUAGUGACCGAAAGGACAAGAUGGCUGGGACAAGCAGCCGAAAUGAUUUUUCUCCGUCGGUGGCUGGGCUCUCCCUUAGAGAUAAGGUGAGAAGCACUGUCAUCUGGGAGAAACCCGGAGUAGAACCGCUGCUCCUUUGCAUUGAGAGGAGCCAGGUGAGGUGACUCGGGGAUCUGGUCAGGAUGCUUCCCGGAUGCCUCCCUGGGGAGGUGGGAAGAGCUGGACAAAGUAGCCAGGGCGAGGGGAGUCUAGGGUUCCCUUUUUAGGCUGCUGUCCCCCCCGACCCAACCUCAGAUAAGCGGAAAAUGGAUGGAUGGAUGAAUGGUACAACAGCAGUCAGUCAUUCAAACCUUUAGUGGCCUUGCUCUGUUGAAUGUUAGCACGUCGGAAUGUGUCAUCACUCACCUUCAUUCCUGUGGCCCCAACAAGCCGCUCUUUAAAUUACGAACCAGCAGGCUCCGCUAAUUGAUGUCGUCAUGCACACCAACGCUCACUGCCUAUCAAGCCUCAAAUAGUCUGGACGGUAAUAGCGAAACCAAAAGUAACUAUUUCAGCAGGGAACCUUUCUAUGACACGUCUUACUCUGACGGGGACAGAAGGCUAAGAAAUGCCACCGAGCGGUACCGUUUGGUUCUGUUUAGUUCGGUAUGCUUGGUUAGCAUUGCUAAAGUACCAGGUUUGAUUGUUUUCUUGCAAGUGAUCCGGUUUCCCCAUAAAAGGCUAAUUCCCGAUCUGAAUCGUCCCGCCUUUCUUAUCGUGUGUGGUCGCAGUGGUACACCAUGGUACGCUUGCUAAGCCACACUGCCGUCCGUUCAUUGUUCGAGAGGAAAUAGUGUCACAAACGACGAUGGAAGGAGGAUUCAAAGGGUGGCUAGUUAGGGAUGAAAUGGCACAUGGUUUCAUUUACCCUUUAUUUUGGUUUCAAUAUCGGUUUGGCACGCGCGGUUAAUGAUUCACUUUUUUAGAGUUCAAUCGCAGGAGUUUUUUGUUCCUUUCCGCCCCAAAGCAUCACACUUUUCAGUGAAACUAAAGUGACGGUCGCUGUAGUACACUUUGGUACGCAUGUCGAGGGCGGCGCUAAGCCACGCUGCUGUCUGUUGAUUGUUCAAGAGACAACUGUCCCAAAAACAGAAGGAGACUGCAGUUAUCGUACUAUCUCAAGUUGUUAAACGUAAGAAGUCAGACAUUAAGGGGCUACGUCGUUUAUUUUGCUGUAACGAAACAUGGCUGAAGGCAAAUCAGACAGGACCGGGCGAGCUCUUUUUGCCAAAUUUGAGCAAUACCGGUUCAGUACGCCUGAGUAGCGCUUCUGCUUGAAGGUACCUGCUUCCGGUUGUUGUUUUUUUUUUUUUAAGGGUGCAUCCGACCUGGGCGGUCCUACUUUUCAGGAAAACACGAACCCCGGUUGCAGUGGUACGCAGUUGUAGGUCAGCCUAGUCACUCAAGGAAAUGAUCUGACUUUAUUUUAAGAUGGGCAGCGAAGCCUGUUUUUUUCUCCAAGUGGUGGGCGUAUACACGGGGCGUGUCAGAGAUGGUAUCAUGUCCACAAAGAAGGAAGACGUUUUCCUUUCAAUAUGCCAUGAAAAGAUGCAACUUCGAGCGGGUGUUUGAGGGCCUCUUCUCUCAAACGUGGCGCACAUGAGGGAGGCAAUUGUUUUUUGUAAUUAGCUAACUGUACCACGGUGCUAUCCCAUUUCUUUUGAAAAUCAAUGAGUGACGAUCAAGAUAUUUUAGUAAAAUUUGAAUAAUAUCAAUAGCAAUACAGUAUACUAGCAUACUGAACCAAACUCUACCGUACCGCUCCGCUUGGUGGCUCACAGGCACUGACAUCCCCGCUAUCACUGUACAGUGGAACCUUGGUCAGCGUCCUUAAUCCGUUCCACAAGGUCUGACUCUAACCGAAACAAUUUUUCCCAUAAGGUUCCCAUAAAUCAUGUAAAUCCAAUUCAUCCGUUCCAGGAAGCCAAAAAUGUUAACACAAAACACAUUUUUAUGGUUUAACAUGCAGAAAACAACCGGAAAAACAUAUAAAUGAUGAAUGGAAGGCAUAAAUGAACAUUUAUGGUGACUUUUACCUUCUUUGAAUACGUGAUUCUUGACAGGACUGAAAACAGGAAGGUGGUGGUGGUUGAUCUCGCUGCCACAUCUAGUCUUUGGGAACAAUCACAUCUUCAGCGAAGGUAAAAGUAACCUUAAAUGUUCAUUUAUCCUUUUCAUUCCUCAUUUAUGUGCAUUUAGAAUUGUUUUAUGCACGUCAAACUGUCAUUUUUGAGAGUCGACCGCUGAUGACGUCAUAGACGGGCGUCAUUUUGUUUUGCUAGCUAGUAGGAUGCUAACACGGAAGGACGUUUUAUACGAAGAACACAGUUGGAUUCUUGCAUUGUAUUAGCAGGCGCCAUAUUGUACGCUAACUGGAGAAUGCAAACUGGGGCAAAAUUGUGGCGUAAAUUUUUUUCCGAUGUUAACCGAAAAACACGCUAACCAAGGGUGGAUGCUAACCGAGGUUCCGCUGUGUUGCAUCUAGCCUACUUGUACAAUACGUGCCCGAGCAAGGGAAGCCUUACAGAACGUGGCUAAGCUGCUCGUAGCGACGCCACUGCACAAGAAUCCCCUGCACUCCAGCAUCGAUUGUCAUUGGCUUAGAGAGUCUGUUUCCACUGAUGCCCUCCAUGCUAAUUAAAGACUGUGGUGGUCCUAGCAUGUAGCAAAAAAAAAGGCCAAAAGGAAAAUAGCUGACGACUUCUGCGUCAAAAGGGUUCCUUUUUGUACUGUGACUUUUUAUUUCUGUUUUUUUUUUUUUAAACAAUGCAGUUGUAACAUAGCACAGUUUAAAUCACAAUGUGCCAUGUAUAGUCACACACACACACACACACACACACACACACGUCAAUGCUUUGUGUUUGUCCUGCAGACUAUCUUUAUACUGUUUCUAUGAAAUAUACACACAUUGUCUACAUAGCGGACGACCUUCCCAAAUAAUUUAUAGCCUGUCAUCUAAUCUUGCCUUUUGCAUAGAAAUAUGUACCAGAACUUUUUUUUU